CCCAAAGGGGAUUCCGUAGUUCAGUGCUAACACAGUUGUAAGGCUAUAGUGCUACAUUAUGACAGUUAUGUGUCGUUUUUCCACAAGCAAUUGGACAAAUAAGUAAAAUAAACUCAGUAUUUAAUGGUUAAUUUUAAGUUUAGCUGUAGCUGAGUUUAUGUCGCACACUGGAGGUCAUUUCGUGUGAUUUGCUAACCUAGCGGUACAGUGUAUGGUAGGUAGCUAGCUAGCUGUUUAGCUAACGACAACGUCAUUAGAAGAGAACCAGAAAACAGACGCCGAGACAAAAAGGAGCCUCUGCUGUCAGUGAGAAAUAAACCACCCGCUACGAUGAACGUCGCUAAAAGUGGUUAUCGUGUAUUUUCCGCAAACUCCUCCGUAGCAUGCACAGAAUUGGCAAAGAAGAUAACGGAGAGGCUGGGAGUUGAACUGGGGAAGUCUGUGGUCUUUCAGGAAUCUAACAGAGAAACUAGAGUGGAUGUGAAAGAAUCAGUUCGUGGACAAACUAUCUUCAUCAUCCAGACCAUACCGCGAGAUGUAAACACGGCUAUUAUGGAGCUGCUGGUAAUGGCCUACGCCCUCAAGACCUCUUGUGCAAAGAACAUCAUUGGAGUCAUUCCUUACUUCCCCUACAGCAAACAGUGCAAGAUGAGGAAGAGGGGCUCAAUAGUUAGCAAGUUGUUAGCUUCAAUGCUAGCAAAAGCAGGGAUAACACAUAUUAUCACCAUGGACUUGCAUCAGAAGGAGAUCCAGGGCUUCUUCAGCUUCCCAGUAGACAACCUGCGUGCCUCUCCUUUCUUGAUUCAGUACAUCCAAGAAGAGAUUCCUGAUUACAGGAAUGCCAUCAUUGUGGCCAAGUCCCCAUCAGCAGCAAAGAGGGCGCAGUCCUAUGCAGAGCGCCUGCGUCUGGGUCUGGCUGUGAUUCACGGCGAGGCUCAGUGUUCAGAGUCCGACAUGGCUGACGGCAGACACUCCCCACCUUGUGUACGCAACACCACCGGACACACAGGACUGGAGCUUCCUCCAGGCAAACAACAAGCUCCGUUCCCCGGCAUAGAGCUCCCAAUAAUGAUGGCCAAGGAGAAACCCCCCAUCACUGUAGUCGGAGACGUGGGAGGGAGGAUUGCCAUCAUUGUGGAUGACAUUAUAGACGAUGUGGGAGACUUUGUUGCAGCUGCAGAGAUCCUGAAAGAGAGAGGAGCGUAUAAGAUUUAUAUCAUGGCCACACACGGCUUACUGUCGGCCGACGCUCCACGCCUCAUCGAGGAAUCCGCCAUCGAUGAGGUGGUGGUAACCAACACAGUCCCCCAUGAAGUACAGAAGCUACAGUGUCCCAAAAUCAAGACGGUGGACGUCAGCAUGAUAUUAGCCGAGGCCAUCCGGCGCAUCCACAACGGAGAGUCCAUGGCUUACCUGUUCCGCAACAUCACCACGGACGACUAAAGCUCGGAGGGAGAGGAGGGAGAGGAGGGAGAGGAGGGAGAGGAGGGAGAGGUGGGUGGGUCGGUCAGGGACUGAAGGAGGAGCACUCCUAUCCAGUGCUGAAAAACAUGCUAACGCCAUGAUCCAUGUGUUGUAUGUCAGGACUACAUGUAUCAGUUAAAAAAGUGAAUACUAUCUAGUUAUUAAAUUAAACUUCUUUUCAAAAGGUGUAAACAUGUGCAUUUUUUGUUUGAGAAAACCUGGUAAAAUGCAAACUUUGAUGUAUUCAGUCAUGUUUUGAAGCCACUCCUCGUCACGCUGCGCUUUUCCAACUUUUGCAAAAAAUGCUUUAUAUUUAAACAAUUAUUUUGUCUUACACUGCGCCGUUACCUCAUCUAAGGAAUGAGCUUCAACAGCAAUACAUAAGAGAAACAGUUCUCCAGUAUAGAGCGUUUGUGCUUUACUAACAAUUCUCCAUCUGUGAGUCAACACUUGUUUUGCUUAUCGUUGCCCAAACUGAUUUUAUGUACCUUUUUUUUUUUUUUUAAAUAUUUGGAUGCUUGGUCAAAUGUCCUAUGUGACACAAAAAGGUUUUCAACACUGGUAGAAAUGAAUGGAUAAUAUGUUUAUGUUGUGUAUAUAUUAGGGGGGUUAGUUCAAGUAAAUUAUGACAACAUAUGUUUCCCUACCUUCUGUUAGAGAACACAGUUUUGGUGCUUCUGUUUGUUUCUGCUGGUACCUCUGUGCAGUGGAGGUUAAUGGAAUCUCAUUUAUGGUCCUUAAAGUUUUUAUAUGCUUUGUUUGAAAAAGUAAAAUGAGCGGCUCAACACAUUUAAAUAUGUCCCUGCAAAAUGUCCAAUGUAAAAUAUUUUAUCCACAAAUGAAAUUCUAUUGACUUCCACUUUAUUGCGCCUGUAACAUAAAUUAAACACGGUUAUAUAUUGUAGCAUUUAGUUUGGAUUUUUCUUUCCUACAGUUAUUAUUGUGUUUUAUUUAAAUGUAAUGACCCUUUAAUAUAUACCAUAGCACUAGACCAGAAGCACCAGACUGAACAAACAUAUUCUGGUACGGUUUUUAUUUCAAAUGACAGAUAGUGUAAUCACCACAUGACGCACCAAUGAAUUACAAACCAUGAUUCUUAAAUCGUGACUAUGGCUCAUUGCAGCAAAACAUGUUGAAGUCUUAAGCUUGAGUGUUGAACCAGCACCUGAAUGUACCAAAAGGUGGUCUUUGAGUGGCUCCAUGCUUAAGGUGCAUCACUUUUUAGAAAGACAACCAAGAAAACAUGAACUAUGUGGGCUCUUAGGUUGUUUAUGUACUGAACCAAAGUAAUUGGAAACUGAUGGCUGCUUUAAAGGAAGGAUGUACAAAAAAAUAGCCAGCAUUAAUGUGAAAUAUGUGUGUAUUUACUCAACUGGCGAAAAAAGCACUGUGGUCUUGAUGUACAUGUACAACAUACUUUGAUAUUUUCCCAUUUAAAAACUGUGAACAAGCACCCCCUUUUUUGCCCUCUGAAUAAACUUCAAAGUGUGUAUUUCUGUGAGGUUCAAGCCUUCUGCUCAGGGAAAUAUACUGACAAAAACCACAAUUAUUCGUUCAAUGUUUGUUCCCAUUUCACAUGUUGAUAUGUCUUCCAUACUGAACGCCUUUUGCUACGUUUUGUUGUAAUUAUGAAUACUGGAAUUCUCUGGGUAUUUUUUAUCCUUAAUGCACACAAUGGUGUUGUAUAGGCACAGAUGUGAAGGUUGUCGAUAUUAAAUGCUGUUGCUAUGCAGACUCAAAUGUUAUCCGUUACUGGUGUACUUCAUGUCGUUUACGAAUAAAAUCUUCCCCUGACUUGAA